AUGGCUGACUGCGAUGAAAAAAAAGCCCAUGCACUCAAUAUUCUCAAAAAGUCAAAGGGUACAAGCUGGGAACCUGAUGAGGAAGCAUUAAAAGAAAUUCUGAUGUCUCAAGAAGUGAAAGAUAAAAAGGUAAUGCUAGUGAGUAUUGCCGGUCCCUCUCGUUCUGGGAAAAGUUUUUUGCUAAAUCUUCUUCUGGAAAUCGCUUGUGCAGUGGAGCAAGGUUUUUGUAGACCAGAAAAGACGAUAACGUUGAGCACGAAUUCAGGAUUUAGUUGGAGAGGAGGAUCGAAGAAGGAGACCUCAGGAAUAAAUAUGUGGUCCAAACCUUUCCUGCUGAAGAAUUUAGACGGCGAAGAAAUUGCUGUUUUAUUUAUAGAUACUGAAGGCUUUUUUGACGCAAAGUCCACAUGGGAAGGGUGCGCAAGAAUUUUUGCGCUUUCAAAUUUAAUAUCUUCUGUGCAGGUCUACAAUCUUAGAGGAGCAAUUCAACAAGACUUCCUUAAACACGUGGAAAUAUUUGGUCAAUAUGGCUUACAUGCAAUAAAAGAGAAAAAGACCAAACCAUUUCAGAACCUCUUGUGUUUGGUACGGGACUGGACUUUUGAAUUCGACCACAGUUAUGGGUUUGACGGGGGAGAAUCAUAUCUGAAGGAAUUUACAGAAUUUUUUUCUGUUGAUAUGAUAAUUUCUAAAGUGGAGAUGAUUACAUGUAUUCAGAAAUGUACAAGCUUAUUCAACUGUAAUACCGUUCCACCACCAAAAGCGUUGUUUGAGCUAAUUGGAGAGGUUUUUUUGGAGAAAAUUUUUCAAGACUGCAAGGAAACAUAUAAAGAGGACAUGAAUACGUUCUUAAAGGCGAGAGAAGAGGCGAGAGAAAAUGCAACUUUGGAAGUACUGUACAACUUGCGCACGAUAGCGGUAGCCCAGAAAAGCCCCGUUGUCGAAUUGCAAGAACUAAAUGACUGCGCAAGGAUUCGUGUUCUAACUAAAUUUCAAACCUGUCUCGGAGACAGAGAAUGUGAAGCUUCGGAAACAUAUCGCCAGCGGCUUGUGAAUUUUACUGAGGCUAGUACUUUCCUUAAAGAAAGCCGCAAGGCGAAGUCAGUUAUAAAUAAUAAUGUUUUGAAAGUUCAGAAACUUGAGGUUCUGCUUAGCGAAAGCAAGGAAUGCUACAGCCAGCAAUUGAAACAGCAUUUUUUGACCGUACCUUGCAGUGCGUUUUUGUCGGCGAUCAAUUCGUCUCAGCAGCAAGCUAAAAAAAUCUUCUUUUUUGAAAUUCUUCGAAAACUUUCUCAGGUUUUAGAAAAACAUGGAGUACAGGGCAUUUCGUUAAAUCUGGAUGAACUUUAUAAACAGUAUAAGACAGGAGGAAGCAUGACGAAUGAAGAAUUAAAGCGACUGUACGAACAGAGUAAAGUUGUAGCCUUAGCUUCACUGGAAGCAGAAAUCAAAAAAGUAGCUGAGGGACCGUCUGUAAAGUGGAUCAGCGACCUGGAGGAAUAUAUAGAGCGUAAAAAACGUUAUAAAGCGGCAUAUGGUAAAGAACACGUAGCUCAAAUCUGA